AUGCGCCUCCCCACCACCAUACUCCUCCCCUUCCUCCCAAUCCUCACACUCGCCGCCGACCUCAUCCUGCAAAUCCAUCCCUCCCAGCACGUUCCGAACCCGUCCCUCCUCCCGCCAACAACGCACGCAACGCUCCACGCCUCCGGCCCUCCGGCCACCGCCUACCUAACCCGCGCCAACACGUUCGAGUUCCGCAACCUCACCACCGGGAGCUAUUUACUCAACGUCCAUUGCAGGGAUGUGGUCUUUGAGGGGCUGAGGGUUGAUGUUGGGGGCGUUGGGGCGGUGGGAGAGGAGGAGGGUGACGAGCAGGAGGAGGGAGUAAAAGAGGUAGGAGGCAAGGAGAAGGGGGAGCUGGUACAGGUCUGGCAGACAUUCCGCGGAAACGAGUGGGACAAUAAGGGCGAGGUUAGGGGAGUGGGGAGAGGGAGGGUGGCUGCGGAGGUGAGGGCGGUGGCGGGGAAGGAGUACUACCAGGAGAGGAGUGGGUUCUCGGUUCUGAGCUUCCUGAAGAGCCCCAUGAUUCUCAUGGCGCUGUUCUCGCUAGGACUGAUCGUGGGGAUGCCGUAUCUGAUGGAGAACAUGGACCCCGAAACCCGCGCCGAGUUCGAGGAGAUGCAGAAGAAAAGUCCGCUGGCAUCGGCAAACAACCCCGCGGCGCAGUUGCAGAAUUUCGACCUGGCGAGCUGGAUGGCUGGGAAGUCUACGGGUGCUGACGAAGGCGAGAACGGUGGUUCGAGUCAGGUGAGGAGACGGUGA